AGUCACAGAAGGUCUGCGGAGCAUUCUGGAGUGUAACAACAGGCUCACUUCAGCAGAGAAAGCCCAUGCUGGAUCCCGGAAAAGUGAAUAGAAAGCUGGACGUCAGGCUUGCCGUGGCCUGGGUGUGUUGAUCUGUUAAGCACACAAAGCGGGUUCCUGUUGGCGGAGGGCUCGCACUGCAGAGACUGAGCCAUGAAAGGCGUGCUGCUGCUGCUUUCCAGUGUGAGCAUCCUGCUUCCAGGUGUGGGCAGCUGCCCCAAGAAAUGUCUGUGCCACCGACCUUCGAACUCUGUGGACUGCAGUGGCCAGGGGCUGUCCAAGAUUCCUGCUGAUCUACCCCCAUGGACGCUGACCCUGCUCUUACAAGAUAACCAGAUCCACUGGCUUCCUGCUCUUGCAUUUAGGUCCGUGCCACUGCUCAGCACCCUAAAUUUAUCCAACAACUCUCUUUCGAAUCUGGCGUCAGAGGCUUUCUACGGACUGCGGCACUUGGAGGUUUUAAACCUAACCCAAAAUUCCCUGCUUUCCCUGGAAACCAGCCUUGCCCAUGCCCUACCUGGGCUCAGGCAGCUGGAUCUGUCAUCCAACAGCCUCAAUCUCCUGCCCACGUCCCUGGGCAAGCCUUGGGAGAACCUGACUGUGUUCGCCGUGCAGCGGAAUAGUCUCCAUCAUCUGGAGCGUACACUUCUGGAGGACAUGCCCAAGGUGAGGCUGGUACUUCUAAAGAACAACCCCUGGAAAUGUGACUGCCACUUGGUGGGUCUGAAACUCUGGCUGGAGAGAUUCACCUUUGCAGGGGGAGUAACAGACAAUGCCAUCUGCAGGCUGCCUGAGCCCUGGAAGGGAAGAGAUCUCCUCGCCAUUCCCCAUGAACUCUACCAACCCUGUCCUCUGCCUUCUCCACAUCUGGCGCCCUCACUAGGUCAGCAGCCUGGUUCUGCCCUUCAAGAGGUCCACAAGCCUUCUGAGAAUAACUCUGGACAGCAAGAUUCCCUGGAGUGUGAGACCAAACCCAAAACAAAGCCAGCCAACCUGCGCCAUGCUGUGGCUACUGUGGUUAUCACGGGAGUGGUAUGUGGGAUCGUUUGUCUCAUGAUGUUGGCGGCUGCUAUCUAUGGCUGUACCUACGCAGCUAUCACAGCCCAGUACCAUGGGAGACUCUUAGCAUCAACCCGUGAGUCUGAGAAGAUGGGAAGCAAGGAGUCAAUGGAUCGUUCAGCAGCCCGAGAGCCGCCAUGUCAAAGUCCUCCUUGAUCACCAAGGACCUAGAGAAAUGUCUGAGUGGCCCUCAUGUGCUUCACCGCAGUCGUCCCGUGUUUUGUCUCCAAAAACAACUAAGAGAAAACAUGUGUCAGUUUUUUUUAAAGUACCCAAAUUUAUGGAAGAAAUUUAUGGUGUAGUUUUCAAGAAUCAUAGAUAAAAUAGGCAUACCUUGCAAUUGAGGAGUUAAGACAAUGAGUCUAUGCACAGGAACACAAAAAAGGGAGAGGCCAUCUCUUUUAGGUACAUUUCCCUGGAUUAACUUGUUCUUCAGAGCAACAGGAAUGCUGACAUGUGUGCCAAUAGGCAUUCUUGGGAGCUUUAGGGGCCACCAGUUGGAGUGCCUGGGAAGAGGCUGGUGAUUUUACCCGAGGGGUACUGGAUGCCUCUAUAAUUCAAGUUCAUGCUAGAUCGGUGGGACUUUUAGAUGUUGUGCAUGUUACAUAUUUAGUGGAAAUGUCUGUUGGUUGGGAAUUUCAUAGCUGGCCACAAGAGUCAGAUUAUAUUUAAUUUUCUAAAUCAGAAAGCCAUUUGGGGCUUUCUAAGCUGCAGGAGAAGACAAGAGUUCCAUGUCUGGUUAAUGGGACUCAGGCCUGGUGCCUGGGUAAGGUUUUUUGAUGUGAAGGCACACAGAGAGAAUGGAUGAACCAGGAUACAGGGCAGAUAUCACCAGAAGGCCACAUCCACCAACCAGCUGGAACCUUACUAGCACUCACAGCAGGGACCAACCAGCUGGAACCUUACCCCAGCACUCACAGCAGGGAUGAAUUUAGAUUAGUCUGAAUGGUGCGUGUGUUUCUGCAUCGGCACACACAAUGCACAGAGGGCAUGGUUUGUACAGCUACACCCACACAUAAACACCCUCAGAGCAAUCAGCUUACCCACUAAUGAAACACAGCCAUGUCGGGUGGGAGCCAGUAGCUGUUGGUCAUCACCCAGAUGGUAUGCUCACCACUCUGGGAUAGGAAGGAAGAAGGAAGAUUGAGGGGUAAGGGAGUUACUGAGGCACUCAAGGUACUUGGUGCAGACAUCCUGGCUAAUGUCGACGCAUGGCUUUAAAGAGUUCAGGUACAGCUUGCUAAGACCCACAGACUCUGUCCCAGAGAGUUGCAUGCAAAGUGAAUUUUUGUAAAUUGAAUCAUCGUUUUAAUGCAGCAGGGGAGCUUGCUAUUUAAAGGGACCUUUCAUGGAAUCUUUUCUGUAAUGGAAAUAAUUGGCUCCAGAUUGAUGCAUUUUUCAAAUUUGCAUUUCUAUGCUAGGGUUUCUUAAAGUGGAAUAUACCUAUACCUACUCUUUCUGCUUAUACAACAGGCACUUUUUUAGAUUAUAACUGCUUCACGCUGGAAGAGAGCACAGAGGAGUUAAAGACAUGCUAAAAGCAGAAAAUGACAAAUAUGGGGCAAGCUUUCCUCUGGAGCCCAUGACAGACAUUGUUAAUCAAUCCCAGCACACUUUGCAGCUGAGCCUCAAAUACACCACAGAUGGUCUCUUAAGACAGCACUAUAGGCAACUAGAACUAAUCAGUUGGAGUUGGUUCAAAGGAUAAAGCACAUUUGCCAUUCAGGGUACUGGCUCUACUCAGGCCUCCAGGCCAUGUAAAAAUUGGUUUGGAUCUCCAGUCAGUAGUCUAUUCCCAAACGAGAACACAAAUAGGACACGCACAUGUCAGGAUGGACAGACACCUAGCGGGCUAUAAAUGGUGUGAACCUUGCACACUGCUGAGUGGGCUAAGGGUUGAGUGUCUUUUUGGAGUAUCAAUUCAGCUAAGGUUUCCUUGGGAGAAGAAGCUGAAGUGUGAAUAGCCAACACUCUAAAUAUCAAAAUAAAACUAGAUCCAUAAAAUCCUAAGUUUAAAAGCACAAUGUAUAUAUGAAUGGAAAGUCACAUUAGUAUGCGCAAUUAAUACGUAUUAGUGGUUACAAUGUUAAAAAGACCAGAACAGAAAGAGUUCCUAAGAAAGACCCAUGGCUGCACGGGCUGUCACUUACUAUGAUACCUCCUCUGUAUUGUGCCAAGGUGGCCGAUUUAACUGUGUGGUGACUGAGUUCCUACUCCAAGGAUAUAGCAGCUAGUUUCAAGCCACGAAAGCAUGUCUCUCCAUUGUCAGAACUGUGCCUUUGUUGUUGUUGUUGUUGGCCCAGAAUGGAAUGCGAGAGGAAACUGAGAAGGUUCGUUAUUUUGCAUUUCCAUUUGACCGAAUGUUAUUCAAGCUCACGCUGUUAGCGGGCAUGGCGCAAACUGUUUCCAUGAGCAUUCCACAUGGAAUUCUGACACUCACAUGAGGGAUGCCUGAGCUACCACAUGCCCAGCAACGCCCAGGGCCAACAGCACAUGCCUCCUCUAAUGAGUGAUUUAAGACUGCCUGUCUCCUGUGCCCUGCCAAUGCUUCGGAGAUGCUGUAGGUUAGCCUGGACCUCAGAGAUUACAUCAAAGCCUUUCCAGUACCCAGCACAAACCAUGAAUGUGGCCUGAACCCACGCUUGUCAACAUUCUAAUCCUAUAAGAUAUCGAAGUACAGAUGACAACACAGGCAGACGGCUGUAGUUUUGGAGGUAGCCUUUAAGCAAAGGAUUUACGUGAUACAUAUGUACACUCAAAUUUCCAUCACUUGCCUGCAGUCACCACACACAGCAGUUGGCAAUGAAAAUAAUUACUUACUCUGAAAUGUCAACAGCUUCUCAGCACAGAAAAAUAUAAAUCAAGUUGUUUAGAUGAACAAACGUGGAGUUAUCAUUUGUUAAUACGAGAAAUGAAAUGGUUUAAUUGCAAAAUGCUCUGCAGAUGAAAGACCCAGUUUUCAGGGAAUUCUGCAAGAACCACAAAUUAUCUUUCACAAGCGCUGCAGCUCACGAGGGGCAAUUUACAAACGCCACCCAGAUUAUAUUCAGCUGUGUAUUACUGCUGUCUUAUUCAUAGAUUCCCCUGCAAGAAUGUCUGUCCAGCUCUGUGCCAGGCGGGAGGAGAUGCGAAGGCCAAAAUUCAUGCUUAGUGUCGGUUGUUUCUGAGAAAGUCAUCUGAAAUGUUCCAUUUUCAAUAGAGGUAGUGUAACAUUGUGGUGAGAGGAAGGUGGUCUUUGCUUAAGCAGGGUACCAAGUUCACAGACGCCGCAGCUUUUUACAGAGAAGUCUGUACGAAAGGCAUGGAAAACACACCAGGGUUUGCGAGAAGAAGGAUCUGUGAGCAGAGCAGAAGAGCUCACAGUUACAGCAGGACCUCAGCCUCUGCCGAAAAGAAUCGUGUCCUCAAGAUGAGAAAAUGCCAGCGGAGGAAGGUGUGAUCUUAUUUUGCCAUACAAAAAUAUAAAGCUAAAGAGAGACCCACACCUGGGCUUCCUGCCGCAGGUUCCUGGAAAUCAAAUCCCAGUGCCGAUGCUAAGAACUACUACUGAAAACCCCUUGGUCUCACACUCUAAAACCAGUGUUUCUCAGCCUGUGCAUUACAACCUCUUUGGAGUCAAAUGACCCUUUCACAUGGGUCACAUCAGAUAUUUACCUUAUGAUUCACAACAGUAGCAAAAUUACAGUCAUGAAGUAGGAAUGAAGUAAUUUUAGUUCCGGGGUCACUGCAGCAUGAGGAACUGUAUUAAAGGGUCAUAGCAUUAGGAAGGCUGGAAACCAUUGUUCUCAAUAUUGAAAGAAGCGGCUAAAUUGGUUUUCAAAGUAACUGUCUGUACCCCAUAUUCAUAGGUAUAUAGCUGUGGUGAUAUUUUGUUUGUGAUCUAACAAACAAAUAAAGCUGUCUUGAAGAUCAGAGUGUGGA